AUGCCUCCUGGAGUUGCCAUGGACCAGGCUCCGCGCGCCGCGCCGUGCGGCGGUCUCCGGUCGCGGGCCGAGGGAACGACGCGACGCGGUGCGGAUUCCGAAUCUUCCGCAGUCUCCGCUUCAAAGAGCCGGCCGGGAAGCCGCACCGCCUCUUCAGACGACGCCAAACAGGCGCGAAAGUCGAUCAAACGCGAAGACCCCGCGCACGACCUGCCUGCGUCUUCGCCCGCUCCCUCCCGUGCUGCGUCAGCCUCUCCGCUCGCAGGCAGCGUCUUGUUUCACCCCGUGCGCAUGCUGGGGAAAGUGACGGAGGCGGUUCCCUUUGGCCUCGCGCGUCUCGGAACUGAGCACUUCAUCACCUGCAGCUCGGGUCGGGCGUUCCAGGUCUUUGAGGGCGCGAAGCUGCGGGUCGUGUUUUCCAGCCCCCCGCUCGGCCACAAAAUCCGGCACCUGGCCGUCCACCGCUCGACCGUCUACACCGCCGGCAAGUACGAAGUGUUUGCCUGGGAGAAGCUGGAGAAAGUCGCGGAGUUCCUUCCGGGAAAACAUGCCCACCGCGCGAUUCCCGACUUGCCCGAGUACAAACUCCGCGGCCUGCUCGUCAUCGGCGACUGGCUGCUCACGUUCACGGGCGUCGAGCUCUGCGUGUUUGAACGGCUCACGGGCGCGCUCGUCCGCCGGUGCGAAAACCGCGACUUCUUCGCUGCGUCCGCUUCAGCGGAAAAGCGUCUCCCGCUCUUCACCGCGCUCGUUCACCCGCCUACGUACCUGAACAAAGUUCUCGUCGGCUUUGACUCCGGCUGCCUCAUGCUCCUCAACCUCCGCACCGGCCAAGUCGUCCACCAGCUGCGGUGUCUAGACACCCCAGCGAUGGCUGCGCACGCCGAGACGCCGCGAAGACCGAGCGUCUCCUCCGACGCGUCCAGCGACCGGGAGGAAGAGGCGCUUUCCAGUCUCGUCACGUCUGCCUCCUCUGCGUGGGGCGCGGUGACAGUCCUCGCUCUCAGUCCGGAGCCGGACGUCGUCGCGGUGGGCUUCGCUUCAGGAAGAAUCGCCGUCGUCGACCUGUGCCGCGACGAGCUCCUCCUCGAGUUCGCCCACUCGCCGGCGCAAGGCGCGGUCCUCGCGCUCGCUUUCCGCAACGACGCGGUCGCGUCCUACGAGGACGCGUCAGACCGCGCGGUCCUCGUCAGCGGCGGGAGAAACGGAGAGCUCGUCGUGUGGAGCCUCGACGGCGGCAGAUUCCUCGGCGCGCUGGACGGCGCUCACGAGGGCCCGAUCCGGUCGCUCCAGUUCUACGCCGGUCAACCCAUUCUCGUCUCGUCAGGCGAGGACAACAGUUUAAUCAUGUGGAUCUUCGACCAGCCGACAGGCCUGCCUCGAGAACUGAAGUCCCGGCGUGGCCACAUCGGCCCCGUUGACUUCAUGAGCUUUUACGAUGGAAUCCAGGAAGGCUCGGAGCUCCUCACCACCAGCGCGCUCCGCGGCUGUGGCCACGUGGCGCGAACGUCCCUGAUCCGGCACCAACAGAACUGCGUCUUCUCGUCCAAGUGCUUCCGGAAGAAAGCGAUCGAGUGGGGUUUCCGAUCCAAACGUUUUCCGCCAGCAGUAACGGACAUCGCGUUCGCGUCGUCUCGCCACUUUGACUGGCCAAAUGUGGUGUCUCUACACCGCGGGGCUCACUCGGCGCUCGUCUGGAGUUUCCACGAGAAGACUCUGACGCCUGUGGCGCUUCGCGUCUCUCGCCACGCCUCGACGCCGGCGACGGCAGUCGCAGUGAGCGGCUGCGGCAACUUUGUCGUCGUGGGCUACGCAGACGGCAGCCUCCACCGCUUCAAUUUGCAGUCGGGAAAACACCGCGGCGCCUUCACAGGCGGCCUAGGGCGCGCCGAGGGAAGCCGCGCCCUGGUGGCCGGGGGCGGGCUGCGCUCCAUUUGCGCCGUCGCCAUCCUUCAGUCCUCGACGGUGAUCGCCGCGUCUUCGCACCCUUCCGACGUGGCUCUCUCGCUCUACUCGCUGACGACGCAAGCGUUUGAGCGUCGCCUUCCUCUUCCCACGUCCAGGGGUCCGGUUGCCUCCUUCACUGUGUCUCCAAAUUCGUCCCUCCUCGCCGUUACCACGCAAGACGGGGCGGUGUUUCUUGUCGACAUUCUCUCGCAAACGGUCAUUCGAACGAUCUUCAAAGACGGCGCGCCGGCAGCCCCCGGGGCGGUGGCGUUCUCGCCCGAUGCGCGCUGGCUAGCCGUCGCUGCCCGGCCAGGCGCCUCGCACGGGCCCACGCUGUACAUCUAUGACAUUCUGAGCGCGGCAGUCAUCGACUGGUUGCGAUUCAAGAGCCCCGUCCUCGCCUUGGCGUUCGACCCCACAGGGACAUUCCUUCUGACUUCCCACGAGCAUGCACACGGGGGCGUUUUCGUCUGGGCGAACAAGCACGCCUUCGAGCCGGCCUUGACUGCGCCUCUCCUGCAUGCGUCGCCGUCCGAGCCGAUCGACGUGGAAGACCCUGCAGGGAUUGCUGAAGCGUCAGAGGACGGAGACACCCAGGCGCCUGCGGAUACUCCUGAAGGCGUGAAGAAGAGUCUCAUGCUCUACAAGACCAAGCGCGAACCUCUCUUCGACGGAGCGUUGACGCUGUCCAGCGUCACGCCGGCGAAACUCCAGGCGAUCGUCUCCAUCGAAGAAAUCAAAGACAAAUGCAAGCCCGUUCAGCCGGUGGCGGCUCCAGUUUCUGCGCCUUUUUUCCUUCCCACGCGCUACGAGGGCACUAAGGCGAAGUUUGCCCCGAUGGACGAGGCGUGGAAUGAACCGGAAGAGAACGGCGAGUCGGAAGCCGCGAGUGGCCUAGGCGACGACGCAGUCGCCUUCUUCUCGGGGAAAAAGGCAGGAACGCAAAGCGAGGAGGGAAAGAAGAAGGGACAAAAAAUCUUCUGCGCCGACACGGGCGGCCUCGAUGUGCGGUCGCAGCUGCAAAAGCUGCUUGCCAUCCCUUCGUCGGAGACGCCCAGAGCGAAGGAAGAGAGAUAUAUGCAGAUCUUGAAAUAUUUGAAGGGCCUUUCCCCCUCUGGAGUCUCCCUCGCCAUCCACCAACUCGGCAUUCUGGCCGGCAGCUCCGACGGAGAGGUGGAGGAGAUGGUGCGCGUCUUCCACUACCAUGUGAAGAAGCGCCACGAGGCAGAUCUGGUUCAGAGCCUCUUGACUGUCUUUUUGAAGGCGCACGGCGAUGUCCUCGCCGACGCGGCGUCAGACUCCGAGCUCGCGGCCUUGGCAGCGGAUCUCGAACGCAUGCUGCGAGGCGACUGGCAGACUCUCGAGGAGCAAUUCGCUCUCUUGCAGUGUCACCUCAAGUUCCUCACACAUCUUCAGAUGGAAUAA